GGGGCCAUACUCUGUUCUGCAAGGCAGAGGUGGCAAUGGAAGGUGAAUUCUCUUGUGCCUUUAAUGACAGUUGAUGAGAAAUGAUUGGAGAGCGCGAGUGGAUCCGAAGGCAGACAUUCUGCGUGGGUUGAUGCUGAGCAGAGGUUGCAGAGAUAUAGUCUAAGCUUUGAUGGCUGUACAGGGGAUUGUUUUUUGCGCUUUUUUGGUCUAGAGAUUAGCCCUGUGCAGCCAGGUUGGUUACAUUUAGAACAAGUGCUCCAAUGCUGGCGAACAAAUUUGCUUUUUGUGUAAGGUCUCCAGUGAGAUCGUGGUUUUGAUAUUGUGAGCCUAGUCUGAGGCUUUGAUGGCUUGACUUGAGCCAAAGACUUUUUUGAUUUGCGGGUAGUGAUUCUAAUGUGUGUGGGCUUUGAUGGAAUUGGAGAUCGGCUGUCUGAUUGAUAUACUUUUUGUUUCUUUGGUGUCCUUGAUGAUUUUAGUUGAUAGAGUGAUUGUCGGUGUCUUCCAAGACGAUGGCUUUCGAAUUCUUCAAUUACUUCCGGAUAGCUCAGUACCAAGACUUUUGGCCGAACCUCCGUCUCGGUUCCGUCUUCCCAAAGAACCCUAUAAACUGCUUUCCCCGCAGCAGCUAUUUGUUUGUCCAAUAUCUGUUUGAGUUUGCCAUGAGAUCCCAUCUGUGCAUUGUGAGCGGUUGACGUGUUUUGAAUGUCUGAUUGAGGCUGCGAGAUGGGCUGAUGAACAGAUUGUGGCAUCU